UGUAGCUGUGUCGUAGAUUUUACUGAUGCAGGAAAGAUAAUAAUUGGCAGCUCAAUUCCCUGUCUUGCUCAAGUCAACAGUCCGAGGGAAAGUAGUAGGAGCGCGGACUGGACUGAAGCAACCUCGCAGUGUUGAUAUUGGGUAUUUACACGCAUCGCAUUUUGGUCUCGUCUUGAAAUUUGGACCCCUCAUUUCCUCUCGUAAACAUGGCGAGCCUGUCGAAUGCAGCUGCGCCGCCCGGUCGUGGCGAGGUAACGCGUUGUGAGCGUCAGUGUACCUGGGUGACGUGCUCUGAAGAAGACGCAGCAGCUUCAGAUGAGUACGGCCCACUAGACAUCCAGGUGGAAGUAGGGGAAUCCCCCCUGUUUGAGCAUUCGUCCGACGCCCUGUUCCUGCCGACUGAGGAUGUGAACAUCGCCAAGAAAUCCUUCAAUGCGUGGUAUAAUUCUGGUGUACUGGCUGCGCUGGAUACGCUAGCGGAGCACAAAGUUGACGGUCAGGUAUCAUGGCCGUCGAAGAUGUCAGUACUGCUGCUGGGUGCAGCGCGUUCGUUCUCCGCCCUGCAUAGCUCCUUCUAUCCACAUCUACUGAUGUCCGGUGAGGAGCUACUAGCCCAGUUCUCCGGUGCCAGUCACUGGGCAACAUGUCCGGUGCGUGCAAUGGAGUGGCAUCCACACGCAUCCCGACUAGCAGUUGCAAGAAAGGACAACCUUGUUCAAGUGUAUCAGAUGCAGACUACUGCAACAUCCAGUUGUCCACAUUUCAGCACUGGGAGGAUGCAGCAGCUGAAGCACCCGGAGCAGAAGAGAAUCUCGUCGCUAGCGUGGAAACCGUAUUCUGGCAGUGUACUGGCGGUGGGUUGUCAGACUGGCGUUGUCGUGUGGCAGGUUCGAUCUCAUCCUGGCGCCCCUCGACCUCAUCCCCAGCACCUGUGCUCAAAUGGACAUUCACCAGUGACGUCCGUGGCCUGGAGUAGUGACGGUCGUCUUCUCGCUUCAGCCAGUCCGGCAGAUACGUCAUUAAUGAUAUGGGAUGUGACGUCUCCGGAUUGUACGGGUACACCGAUCACGCGUCAUGGCGGCGGUGGUGUGUCAUUACUAGCCUGGUCAUCGGCUAUAUCGGAUACGGGCAUGUCCCGACUACUGACGGCCACUCCGUCACCGCUGUUCAGAGUCUGGGAGACGCGCUGCUUCACGUGCGAACGCUGGUCUAACCUCGCUGGUCGUGUGACGGCCGCAUGCUGGAGUCCCGAUGGCAAUGUACUGGUGUUUGCCAUGGCUGAUGAUCCAGCACUCUACUACCUCACAUUCUUUGUUAGUAAAACAGAGUCGGCAGAUGAGUCAACGAGACGUGUUGGUGGAGCAGACACUGCUAUCAAGUGUGUCGAUCUGACACCUGUCGAGAUGGCUGCUGCCAAUGACAUGGACGAGCCCGUAACUGUUGGCGGUUGUGUCCAGUCUCUGGCGUGGGAUGCAUCGGGAGAGCGACUUGCAGCCACCUUCACAGCUGAUUCUCCAGGACGAGACCUUGUGGCAAUAUUCACCACCACAAGCCAGCCAGUCAUGGAGGUGCUACCUUGUGGCUUUGUCCGGGGUCGAACCGGUGAGACACCCGAGGUGGUUACCUUCCAGAAUGAUGUCGAAAGUGGGGCGCUCCUGUCGGUGGCAUGGUCUUCAGGGCGCAUUGCGUUUGUUCCCCUGUUGUACAACACACCGCACAGUCUGGAUUCAGCCAGCACUGUUGACACUCUUGAGAAAGCUCAGCACUCGGUCAGCAGCAUCGGCACAGCGUUCAAUUCCCCAGUGGCACCUCCGCUCACUGCACGGCAAGAAGCUCUCCAUAAGCACGGGUUUGGUGCGGCAUGGCCUGAACAAUCUCCCGUGCCACGUACACCAUGGUAGGACGAUGUGCAGCGCCAUGCCAUGCCAUGUGUGUGUAUGUACGGUGCGUGUGUGUGCGAAUGAAAGUAAGUGUAAGCGUGUGUGUGUGUGUGUGUGUGUGUAUGCAAGUGUGUGUGUGUGUGCGUGUGAGUGUGUGUAAGCGUGUACGUACGUGCCACUGCUGACAGCUGUCCCGUGUUAGAUGUCCUAUUUUUCUUUUUUUACUCUGGUGGCGAUUCCGCCAUCCUCCUCCUACACCAGUGGCAAUUCUUGGCUUGUUCCCAUAUUUUGAGCCCACCCCGUAUAUAUGUCCUCUUUAUAGUUGCUAACGUCACUGCUAACCUCUAGAGAUACCAUACAACUCUACUGCUAGUGUCUGCAUUGCCCUCAGUACUGCACUGCUAGUGUCUGCAUUGCCCUGAACACUGCCCUGCUAGUGUCUGCAUUGCCCUGAUCACUGCACUGUUGGUUCACCUGAGAAGUCAUUUCUGGUAAGAAUCAUGAUUUCCAGUGAAGCGAGUUGGGACAUGUGCAUGUUCAGUAUCAACUCGAUAGUGACAUCAUCAUCUUAACAGGCAUUACUGAAUACUGAGACAGUUCGCCGUCCA